AUAUGAUCAAUCAUCUACUGUAUUUUCACAACCUGAGUAUUCGUUCCUCGAGCAAGGCGUUGUCAUCAUAAAAAACAAUUUGUUUCAAUUUGUAGUGCAAAAAAACAAAAGAAGUCAAAAUGUCUUUAAGCGACGCCGAUGUACAAAAACAAAUUAAGCACAUGAUGGCUUUCAUUGAGCAAGAAGCCAAUGAAAAGGCCGAAGAAAUUGAUGCCAAGGCAGAAGAGGAAUUCAACAUUGAGAAGGGACGUCUGGUUCAACAACAGAGGUUAAAAAUCAUGGAGUACUAUGAGAAAAAGGAGAAACAAGUGGAAUUGCAAAAGAAAAUUCAGUCAUCCAACAUGUUGAAUCAAGCCCGUCUCAAGGUACUCAAAGUUCGUGAAGAUCAUGUACGCGCUGUUCUGGAAGAAGCCCGCAAACGUUUGGGUGAAGUCACCGCAGACCAAGGGAAAUACUCUCAAAUUCUGGAGUCCUUGAUUUUGCAGGCUCUGUACCAGCUUUUCGAGAAAAACGUUUUGGUAAGAGUGAGGCCCCAGGACCGUCAAUUAGUACAAUCCCUUUUGCCUACUGUCGCCACCAAGUACCGUGACGCCACCGGCAAGGAAGUGAUACUGAAAAUCGAUGAAGACACGCAGCUCUCGCAAGAAACUACCGGCGGCAUUGAACUGCUCGCACAGAAUAACAAGAUUAAGAUCAGCAACACCUUGGAAGCUCGUUUGGACCUGAUCGCCCAACAGCUGGUGCCACAAGUUCGUACAGCCUUGUUCGGACGUAACGUGAACCGCAAAUUCACCGACUAAAUAAAUCAUUGUUUAUCACAAAAUCCUGUAUUGUUAGCAAAUGUUAAGAUUUAACCUGUGGUUAAUUCAUACAUUUUCUUGUAAUUAGUAUUAUAUUACAGCUUGAGAAUUCCAUGUUUUUCUCCACAACACUUGUAUUUAAAAACGAAAAUUUGUAAAUAGAUGUCCAAUAUUCCAUUUUAAUAUAGUUAUGUUUGUAGAUUUCAAAUAUUGUACCAUUUUAUUAGAUUGGUAGGGGUAAGUUUUGUUUCAAGAAACAUAUAUUGUCACAUUAAAUUGUAUACAUCGUGUUAAAAUAAAGCGAUAUAAAAUUGUA